CAAUAGCUGGGGUCCUAUAAACGCGAACGUCCCAGCGCUCAGAGGUAACCCCAGCGAGCGUUCAGAUCGUGGGCCGCAGGUCCCAGGAGCUAGCUCGCUAGGGAGCGGGAGGCCAAGCGACCAGAGUCGGAGUCAGAGUCGUAGUCGGAGUCUCGGGACCGGAGCCGGAGCCUGAUCCGCAGAGUGCAGCCCGCCCGCCCGUCGCCGCCCGCGCACCCGGCGCUGCCAGAGCCUCCGGCGCAGCGCGGCCAUGGAUCCCAGCAGCAAGAAGCUGACAGGCCGCCUCAUGCUGGCUGUGGGAGGGGCAGUGCUCGGCUCCCUGCAGUUUGGCUACAACACUGGAGUCAUCAAUGCCCCCCAGAAGGUGAUUGAGGAGUUCUACAACCAGACGUGGAUCCACCGCUAUGGGGAGCGCAUCUCGGCCGCCACACUGACCACGCUCUGGUCCCUCUCUGUGGCCAUCUUCUCCGUGGGGGGCAUGAUUGGCUCCUUCUCUGUGGGCCUUUUCGUUAACCGUUUUGGCCGGCGGAAUUCAAUGCUGAUGGUGAACCUGCUGACCUUCGUGUCCGCUGUGCUCAUGGGCUUCUCAAAACUGGGCAAGUCCUUUGAGAUGCUGAUCCUGGGUCGCUUCGUCAUUGGUGUAUACUGCGGCCUGACCACUGGCUUUGUGCCCAUGUACGUGGGGGAGGUGUCCCCCACAGACCUUCGCGGGGCCCUGGGUACCCUGCACCAGCUGGGCAUCGUCGUCGGCAUCCUCAUCGCCCAGGUGUUUGGCCUGGACUCCAUCAUGGGCAACCAGGAGCUGUGGCCCCUGCUGCUGAGCGUCAUCUUCAUCCCAGCCCUGCUGCAGUGCAUCCUGCUGCCCUUCUGCCCUGAGAGCCCCCGCUUCCUGCUCAUCAACCGCAACGAGGAGAACCGGGCCAAGAGCGUGCUGAAGAAGCUGCGCGGGACCUCGGAUGUGACCCGCGACCUGCAGGAGAUGAAGGAGGAGAGCCGGCAGAUGAUGCGGGAGAAGAAGGUCACCAUCCUGGAGCUGUUCCGCUCGGCCGCCUACCGUCAGCCCAUCCUCAUUGCCGUGGUGCUGCAGCUGUCCCAGCAGCUGUCUGGCAUCAAUGCUGUUUUCUAUUACUCCACAAGCAUCUUUGAGAAGGCGGGGGUGCAGCAGCCUGUGUAUGCCACCAUCGGCUCCGGCAUCGUCAACACAGCCUUCACUGUCGUGUCGCUGUUCGUGGUGGAACGAGCUGGCCGGCGGACCCUGCACCUCAUAGGCCUGGCCGGUAUGGCAGGCUGUGCGGUGCUCAUGACCAUCGCGCUGGCGCUGCUGGAGCAGCUGCCCUGGAUGUCCUACCUGAGCAUCGUGGCCAUCUUUGGCUUCGUGGCCUUCUUCGAAGUGGGCCCCGGCCCCAUCCCAUGGUUCAUUGUGGCUGAACUCUUCAGCCAGGGCCCUCGCCCAGCUGCCAUUGCUGUCGCUGGCUUCUCCAACUGGACCUCAAAUUUCAUUGUGGGCAUGUGCUUCCAGUAUGUGGAGCAACUGUGUGGUCCCUAUGUCUUCAUCAUCUUCACCGUGCUCCUGGUUCUGUUCUUCAUCUUCACCUACUUCAAAGUUCCCGAGACGAAAGGCAGGACCUUCGAUGAGAUUGCUUCUGGCUUCCGGCAGGGGGGAGCGAGCCAAAGUGACAAGACACCCGAGGAGCUGUUCCACCCCCUGGGAGCUGAUUCACAAGUGUGAGGUGCCCCACACCACCAGCCCGGUCUGCUCCCAGCAGCCCAAGGAUCUCUCGGAGCACAGGCAGCUGGAUGAGACUUUCAAACUGACAAGAUCUCAGCA